AUCAAUACUUCCAUGCUAUAAAAAUGCAUCAAUGCUUUGAACUCUCCAUCCCGUUACUAAUAAAUGGAAGAAACUCAGAAACACAGAGCCUUCCAGGAGGAGAAGGGUCGAGAAGCCGAUGCCGGAGUUCUGUUUGUUCUUCAAUCCAAAGGGAAGUGGUGGCAUGCGGGGUAUCAUUUGACGACGGCGAUAGUAGGACCGCCAGUGCUGGCUCUGCCGUUCGCGUUCAGUGGGUUGGGGUGGGGACUAGGCUUCUUCAUCCUUACUGUCAUGGGACUCGUCACCUUCUACUCUUACUACCUUAUGUCUAAAGUCCUCGACCACUGCGAGUACCAUGGUCGCCGCCAUGUCCGUUUCCGUGAACUCGCCGCCGAUGUCUUUGGAUCAGGGUGGAUGUUUUAUUUCGUAAUAAUCAUUCAGACAGCUAUCAACACUGGAGUUGGCAUUGCUGCUAUAUUGCUUGCAGGGGACUGUAUUGAGAUAGUCUACUCAAAGGUUUACCCGGAUGGACCCUUAAAAUUGUAUGACUUCAUAGCGAUGGUGACAGUGGUGAUGAUAUUUCUGUCCCAAUUUCCAUCCUUCCACUCUCUCAGGCACAUUAACUUGGGCUCACUUCUUCUAAGCCUCGCCUACACUUCUCUAGUGGUUGGUGCUUGUGUUCAUGCAGGUCUCUCCAAAAAUGCCCCUCCCAAAGACUAUUCCUUAGACCCUUCAAAGUCUACAAGGACAUUCAAUGCUUUCGCUUCCAUUUCCAUUCUAGCCGCCAUCUUUGGGAAUGGGAUACUACCAGAGAUACAAGCUACCCUUGCUCCACCAGCUACAGGAAAGAUGGUGAAAGGGCUUCUCAUGUGUUAUACUGUGGUAAUUUUCACCUUCUAUUCAAGCUCAAUUUCUGGAUAUUGGGCUUUUGGAAACAAAGCCAGUUCAAACAUUCUCAAGAGCCUAAUUCCGGAUAAUGGGCCUUCAUUGGCUCCAACCUGGGUUCUUGGCCUUGCGGUCUGCUUUGUUCUUCUCCAGCUCUUCGCCAUUUGCCUGGUAUAUUCUCAAGUUGCCUAUGAGAUCAUGGAAAAGAAGUCAGCUGAUGUGAAUCAAGGAAUGUUCUCCAAAAGAAAUCUUAUUCCAAGGUUACUGCUCAGAUCACUGUACAUCAUGUUCUGUGGAUUUUUUGCUGCAAUGUUACCAUUCUUUGGAGACAUAAAUGGGGUAGUAGGGGCCAUUGGAUUCAUUCCCUUAGAUUUCAUACUUCCAAUGCUUCUCUACAAUAUGACCCAUAAACCUGCAAGAACAUCCUUCACCUUCUGGCUCAAUGUGUCCAUCAUGGUUGUUUUCACUGGGGCAGGGCUCCUGGGUACCUUCUCUUCUGUAAGGAGCUUGGUCCUUGAUGCACACAGGUUCAAACUCUUUAGUAGCAAGGUUCUUGAUUGACCACAAAUUGGUCUGUAAUAUGUCCCUGAGCUUGGUCAGAUGAACAGGUUCAUUUGGUCAGUAGAAGGGUUACUGAUGAGCUAUUAAGUUAUAACUUGAGACCAUGGAUAGAAAAGCCAUAAUAAUCACUUGCUCCUCCAUGAUUUGCAUUUAUUUCCACAACCACAAACAUGAGUAAAACUGAUUACACAAAGAUGGGUCUCCAUGUCUCCAAGGAACCACUGGUAUGAAGCAGAGGCCUCUAUCAUCUGUGAGAUCAUUGGAUCUGAGUCAAUUAAUUUUGGGAUAUUUAUAGAGGGAACAGUACUGAGGCUCCCAUCCAUGUAAAUUAUUGCAGAUCAGUCAAAAGAUCUACAUGGAAA